AUGGGCUCAAUCUCCCCAAGAGAGGAGACCAUUCUCAUAACUGGUAUAUCAGGAUUUGUGGCUUCGCACAUCGCUCAUACCUUUUUGGAAGCUGGAUACCGGGUCCGCGGGACUGUCCGGUCUGAGAGGUCCAUUGCUGGCACAAAGCAGGCUCAUGCGAAGUACGGCGAUCGGUUGUCCUUCGUCAUUGUCCCUGACAUGGCCGCCACCGACGCUCUUAACGAAGCAGUCGAUGGAGUAACGGGAGUCAUACACACGGCGAAUCCCUUUAUUUUGAACCCCAAAGACAACGAAGAAGAGCUUCUCAAACCCUCCAUAAACGGGGUCUUGAAUAUUCUCAAAGCUGGGGCCACCCAAGGCCCAACCUUGCGCCGUGUCGUGCUGACUGCUUCCUUUGCCUCUAUCCUGGACCUCAGCAGAGGUCUUCGCCCAGGCUAUACCUACACCGAGUCAGAUUGGAACCCUGCCACAUAUGAAGAGGCUAAGAAGUCGUCCAGUGGUGCUUUCACCUACUGUGCGGCAAAAGGUCUGGCAGAGAAGGCCGCUUGGGAAUGGAUCGAGAGAAACAGACCAUCGUUCUCUUUCACUUCUAUCAACCCACCGUGGAUUUUCGGUCCUUCACUGGCUGGAAUAAGGUCUCUGGACCAUCUGAAUGAGUCGACAGAGGCAAUCUGGAAGCUCGUUGAUGGAUCCGCCAAAGAAGUUCCGCCCGCUGAUUUUGCGGGCUUUGCAGAUGUGAGAGAUGUCGGCCUCGCCCAUCUGCGUGCAUAUGAAUUGGAAGAAGCAGGCGGCCAACGCUUUAUUGUCGGAUCCCACUUCGACUAUCAGACAGCGGUGGAAUCUCUCCGCCACGACUUCCCACAAAUCCAGGACCGCAUACCACGAGGGACCCCGGGCAAAGCAGAACCGGUGUACCAGUUGGACGGAAGUAAAGCAGAGAAAGUCUUGGGUAUCAAGUACACCCCCCUUAGAGUGACCCUGAAAGACACAGUGAAGGAUUUGCUCGACGCAGAAAAGACGCUGUCAACCUAA